AAAGAAAAUUGUGACAAAAAAUUGAGUGAGAACUUUGUUACUUUAUAUAAGAGUAGAUGAUUCGAGUUAACUUAAUCAGUGAACGUUAAUCAUCACCAACAAUCUAAUAGAUUUACUUGAGUUUUAAUCAAUUGAUUGACUUUAACAGUUUACGCUUGUUAAUCAUCGUUCUCACAUCUUAAUUAAAUUCUGUUCAAUAUGAUGUUAUCAAACUUUCUCAUCGGAUUUGUUUUCUCAAUCAUUGUUAUCAGUGUUUCGAAUGGUCAACAAUUAGAUGAAUCAUUUGAAACUAAUCCAUGGCAAUCAGAUGAAACUUCAUCUUAUCUAUUUGAUAGGCAAUACAAUCCUACUGGUGGAAGUGCAAGAUUAACGUUACCACCAUCGGCUUCAUCGGCGGGAGUAAAUUAUCAUGGGGCUGAAACGUUUUCAAGACCAGUGAUUAUUGUCAGCGGUCGAGGAUUGAAAGAUCAAGCUGAGAUUCGUCAGGUCAGAGGGUCAUCUGCAACUCGAAGUAAUAAAGUUAAGUACGAAGUCGAGGAAGAUGACGAAAGUGAGGAUAGUCCAACAGUCGUUGUUGAGACCAAAAAGAAGAAGAAAAAAGUUGACCAGCCGAUUUCAGCUUAUGUUCCAACUGCUUAUGUUAUCGGUAAUCAAGGAGCUGGUCAACCAGUGAGUCGAGUUAAACAAGAAUCAGAUAAAGCUGAUUCAGAUUAUGGUAUCAUGGUUGUGGCUCCAAAACAGCCUGAAAAUUAUGCAAUAAUUAACGGUAAUUAUCAAGGAGUAAAUGAAGAGAUGCUCGAUAGGAAUACAAUUCAAUUGUACCAAGAACCACAACUUGUUGAAGCUCUGCAAGUGGAUGGACAGAAUCAAAUUAAAGAGGUUUCUGCUGAUGAUAAGGACGAAUCUCUUGAUGCUCAGAAAUCAAAGUUAACUUUACUUUUCCUUGGGUAUGAGAAAUUUUAAUCACUGGAUUAAUUAGUUAAUCAUUUCGUUGUUCAUGUUGAUCAAUACAAAAUGGAAACUUAAUUGUGAUCUCUUUCAAUGUGAUUUAACCAACGAAAAACAAAAUCAAUCACCAUUCAAAUCACAUCAACAGAUUGAAUCGAAAUUCAAAAAAAUAUUUUUUUCUUCUCAUCAAAUUGAUUGUUACAAUUUAAUUAAUUCUCAUCUUCUUUUCUUCUUCAUCAUCGUAAUCACCAUCAACUUUUAAUUGUUGAUCAAUAAAUGACAAAUCCUUAGUUCACAAUAAUGUUAACGAGACAAAAAAAAAAUUAGACAAAUCAAAUAAACAAAUCAAUCAACUUAAACAGUUGAUUAUGAAAAAAAAAUGAUCAACCAAAUUGAGCCAAAAAAAUCACAAUCAAAUCAAGCAAAAAAUGAAAUCGGAAGGAAAAAUCAACAAUCAAUUUAAAUCAUUUUGAUUGUUUUUAUUUACACAAGAAAAAAAAUCCUAAAUCAAAAUUGUUAUUAUUUUCCCGGUGCUUUGUUAAUUUAAUUAUCACUCAUAGUCAAACAAAUUUUUACAUAAUUUGAUUGAAUAAUACAACAAUCAAUCAACAUUUUGUACAAUUAAAAAUCAAUUUUUACCCUAACAAAUAAAUUUCAAUUGAAAUUGUAU